CUGAGGGAGGGAAAAGCGUGCCGGGACCAGCGUUUGCUCGCUGAGCCUCGAAGGGGAGCGGGGCCCGCGGAGCGCGGCCGUGAACCUGGGCCGGGGCCUUCGGGCCUCGAGCUGGGAAGAGCCUGAGAGGGAGCAAGGCUUCUCUGCGGCCUGAGGGGGAAGAGAAGGAGUCGGUCUCAUCCCCGCUCCUCGACGCCAACACCUGCAGAUAGCGCAUUGAGAUGGCCGGCCAUCCCACUACUCCCAACCCCGUGCAGACCCUGCAGGAGGAGGCGGUGUGCGCCAUCUGCCUCGAUUACUUCACGGACCCCGUGUCCAUCGGCUGCGGCCACAACUUCUGCCGAGGGUGUGUGACCCAGCUGUGGGGCAAGGAAGACGAGGACAGGGAGGAAGAGGAAGGUGGAUGGGAGGAGGAGGACGACGGGCAGGCAGUGGGGGCCAUCGGUGGAUGGGACAACUCCAUUCGAGAGGUUUUGUACCAGGAGAGGGCUGACGAGCUGUUCCGGGACCCAGAGGAGGGCGAGCCCUGGGUCGGAGAGAGUGGCAUAAGGACCUGGGGUAACGUGGACUACGUGUGGGACCUAGAAGAGGAGGAAGAUGGGGACUAUUACCUGGGAGGCCUGGGAAUUGACAUCUACGAAGAAGAGGAGGUACUGGGAGGAUACGAUGAGGAAGAACUGUAUCCUGACACCCACCAGCCUCCUCCCCGGACCCCUCCGGCCCCUCCGCGGCAGUUCACCUGCCCCCAAUGCCGAAAGAGCUUUACAAGUCGCAGCUUUCGCCCCAACUUGCAGCUGGCCAACAUGGUCCAGGUGAUUCGCCAUAUGCGCCCCACUCCGUAUUCAGGGAGCCUGGGAGACGACAAGGGUAUCUGCUCCAAACACCAAAAAGCCCUGAAGCUCUUCUGUGAGGUGGACAACGAGGCCAUCUGUGUGGUGUGCCGAGAAUCCAAGAGCCACAAGCAGCACAGUGUGGUGCCAUUGGAGGAGGUGGCGCAGGAGUACAUGGUGAGAGGCUUAAAUUAGGGAAUAUGGAAGUUUGGACAGGAGUUGGGAGGGAUGGGUACUUGUUUAAUCUUUUUUUUUUUUUGGGGGCGGGGGGGAGGCGCGGGUACAGAGGAGAAAGAUGAACACAUGUGAACAAAAGCUGAGGCUGUCUUCCCCAGAGGAAGCUAAGCAAAAACAUGACAGAAGCUGACCAUUGUCAUUCCCUUUCAGUCAACCUAGGUAUAAGGGAUAGAGGUAACAGAUCCCUAGUACUUAAUUUCUGUCUGAUGUGAGUUCUGAGUUUAUCCCUAAGAUUCCAGGACUUAACACAUAGGAAUGGAAAGCUGUAGUAC